AUGGGUACUUUGACAAACAUGUACCUGUACUGUAUACUGGUUUCAGCAGCGAGGGUGUUACAGGAGACUUGCGACCGCAUAAGAGGCUUGCACAGAGAGGUUGAUGACCUAAGUGAGCGCUUGUCCGAACUGUUGACUACAACUGAUAGCGCUCAAGCGGCCAUAAUUAGGAGCUUACUUAUGCAAUAG